AUGUUUGGCAUUCAAUCUUGUUUUGAAUAUUUCCUUUCACAGGGUGCAAAUUUAAAUGAAAAAAGUGAAUGUGAAAAUAUAGCUCUUCAUAAUGCGGCAUGUAAUUAUAACAAAGAAACAGCUGAGCUUGUUAUUUCACAUGGAACAAAUGUCAAUAAAAAAAAUAAAUAUGGUAUGAUGUCUCUUCAUAUUGCAGCAUGUUGUAAUAAAAAAUUAUAG